AUGAAGGACCAACGCCAGGGAGCGGCCGCUUUAGUCUUCCUCGUCUUUUACGCCUGCGCUCUGGCCUUUAUUUUUUACUGCCUAUUCACCCGCCGCGCCAAACGAUACAUAUUUGGCGUGAUGAUUUUCGCCAUGAUCCGCCUCGGAGCCAAUAUCGCGGCACUGGGAUGGGCCAUCAACCUCUACGACAACUUUGACUGGCUCAUUGCCAGCUUGAUUCUCGGAGCUGAAGGCUACUUUGCGCUUAUCAUCACGAUUCUCUUCUGCAUCGUCGGGUACGAGAAGGAAACGCUCGGCAGUUCCAUCUUCUACCCCGACAUACCCAAGGGACGGAACAAGUGUCUCCAUAGGAUGACCCAUAUCUCCUUCUGGUUCGAGUGGAGUCUUGUCCCGGCGAAUGUGCUCCUGAUUGUCGGAGGCUCAAUGAUCUCUGGAGGUCUAGCCCGCGCAACUCUGGAGGAGCUUUACGACCCGGCAUCGAUUCCGCGCGUCAAAACGGGCCAAAACUUGCGGAUCAUUGGCCAAGUCCUUUUCCUCUGCGCCAUCAUCGCUGGGUAUGCCGCACUCGUCUACGUCAUCCGGAGAGCGGGCGCUCGAGGCGCGGCCAGGCAGCCGCUGUGGUGGAUGGCGGCGACCGCUCCGUUCUUGCUCCUGAGGGGUAGUUACGGAGUGCUCAGUUCUGCCGACUGGCACUACAGCUAUUACCUUCCCACCAAUUAUGGCGCGAAUGGCCUUAACCAGUCCGAGCUCAUCGCUGAAUACCUCAUGGCGGUCACGCCGGAAGCCAUCGCCCUCAUACUGCUCCUUCGGACAAUCUGGCUGAUUACGAUGCCAAAGCACCUUUUUGUGCCGUAUGAUAAACGAGCAGGGAACCUCGAUGGGGCGGAGAUGACGGGCAAAGCGCAGGCGGGUGAUGGCGGGAAAGUGACGGUAUGA